GAGACGCCGUGCUAAAAGUUAGACCCCCCUGGCAUUUGUAGAGAGCGCUCGACGUCUCUGCCUUUGGGUUUGUUGUGACCCUUUUAUUAUUUCGCCGGCAACGAGUGUUUUGUUUAUAUAUCUGGCGCCCGUUAGAGAUUCAAAUGACCAGCUGUUAAUCGAAACAAUCUAGCUAUCCAGUGCUCCAGGUGUCAGAAGUAGUUGUUAAUUGAUUAUAUGAAUGUUGCAUUUGCAGCUCCAACACUUGUUGGCGCAACACGAACUCGCAGCGAGUUUCCAGUUGCAAAGAGCGAGCGACAGCAGCAACUUCUUCGUGCACGGCAGCAACAAGCGCCUGAAAAACCAGUUAAAUUAAUGAAUAAUUGUUAUAAAAGCAGUGUCACAAAUUGAACAAAGCAUUUUCUAACAGAAUUCAGCUUCUAUCGAUGAAAUGAAUACGCGCCGUAGACCAAUUCCUCCAUCACCGAAUAUUUACGCCACCAAUGCAAAAAUCUGCCAUUUGGUGGCUCAACAUCCUUGUCUUUACGAUCGAUCAGAUGACAACUAUAUGCGGAAAUCGACUGUAAAAAACGCCUGGAAGGAAAUAUCCAAAGAAAUGCGAAAUUCGGUAAAAAGCUGCAAGGAACGCUGGCGCAACAUUCGCACCAGCUACGCCCGCUCUAUAAAGGUGCACCACGGUGCGAAUACGUACUAUCUCAAAAGCGAACUGAAGUUCCUUCAGAAGCACAUUACUCCCGGAGUUCCCGUUCCGCUAAGAGGUCGCCGCAUAAGGGCCAGGGGUCAGGAGGAGCAGGACCAAGAUGAUGAGGAGCACGAACCGCCUGUGGAGGCCUUCCUCGAGAUGAAGCAAUCGCCGAGCAGUCCGGACACGGAGCAUGCGCAGAGUCGCGACAGCUUCGACACCGAAUCGGAGGAGUCCGAGGAUGAGAAGGGUUCCUGGCAGGCAAUGGCCAAAAAGCGUCUGUGUUUGUCCAAGGAGAGCAAAGAGGAGGCCAAGACACCCCACAACGGUGAAGCAGCGCAUGUAAUUGAUUUCGAUGACGCAUUCCUGCAGGGCCUGCGCCCCGAAAUAAAGCAAAUGAACUUCCACCAAAAACUUUACUUCAAGCGCCGUGUUUACGAGCUGCUCGGCGAGAUAUUCCAUUCGGAGGAGGCCGCCUCAACCAGCCAACCGCCGCAGCCGCAUUUUCCGGAAAAGGUCAAUGGGAAGCUAUCCGCAACCUCAACCCCACCCGCACCUUCACCCUCGUCUUCGAAUCCUCUGCAGCAUUUGGGACUCACAUUGCAACUGCCAAAGUUGAUGGCCAAGUCAGCCAAAGAUGUCUAACUUCUGAGGCUUAAUCGACUGAUUUCGAAUUUAUGUACAGUGCAUAGGACCAAUAAUAUUUUAAGUUGUGUUAAAACAUGAAGCAUGUAUUAACUACAUGAAGCAGUUAAGACGCGAAUAUGAAGUUUAUAUAAACAUAAAUAAAACGAUUUUAUAAAAUAAAAA